AUGCAAAGUUUCUCCAUGGCUUCUUUUCACAUCCGCCUGUUCCAGGAGAGGGACUACAAACAGGUCGUGGACAUUUUCUCCAGAGGCAUGGAGGAGCACAUCCCCGUUGCCUUCCGUCACCUGCUGACACUGCCCCGAACCCUCCUGCUCUUAGGUGGGGUGCCCCUUGCCAUAGUCCUGGUGUCUGGCUCCUGGCUCCUGGUUGUCAUAUGCAUCUUCUUUCUGCUCCUAUUCUUGUGGUUACUUGCUAGCAAACCCUGGAAGAAUUAUGUGUCCACAUGUUUGCACACAGACAUGGCUGACAUCACCAAGUCCUACCUGAGUGUUCGUGGCUCAGGUUUCUGGGUGGCUGAGUCUGCGGGGCAGGUGGUGGGUACAGUGGCUGCUCUGCCAGCCAAGAAUCCCUCGUUAGGAAGGAAGCAGCUGGAGCUCUUUCGCCUGUCUGUGUCCUCACAGCAUCGAGGACAGGGGAUAGCGAAAGCUCUGGUCAGAACUGUCCUCCAGUUUGCACGGGACCAGGGCUACACUGAUGUUGUCCUUACGACUGGCCUUUUGCAGCAAGGUGCUGUGACCCUUUACUAUAGCAUGGGCUUCCAGAAGACAGGUGAAUCCUUCAUGAACACCCUCAUGUGGCUUACAGAUGUUUCUCUAAUUCAUUUCAUAUACCCGCUCCCUUCUGCUCAGGAACAUGAGCUGUGAUCUCUUUCUCUGUCUAUCCAUCAGCCUCCGGUUCACUGUGCUGUGGGAAAAAGUAACCCUGAUAUUGUAGGGGACAAAUCAUAAAACUGCCUUUGUUGUUUUCAUCACA